AUGGAACGUUCCACAAUAGUUUGCGCUAUAAAUCUAUUUGAAGAAGUGCUGGAAUCAUCUUCGUCAUCGGUUGAUGAAGAGGAUGAAAUUUAUGCUUUAUUGGGGCAACGAAAUUAUAUACCGCGUGUUAAAUGCUUUGUGGAUAAUGUUAUAAAUUUAUACUCAGAUUGUAGUUUAAAAAAAAACCUUCGUAUUAGCCGUGAAAGUUCCAUGUAUUUUAUUGAGAGAUACUCCUCAUUUUUUUCUAAAAGAUCGUACCAAGGCGAAAGGUGCCAGUUACCUAUUGAGACACAGAUUCUGUCAUUUUUGUGGUUUUGUGGUAACAAAUCUACCUUUCGAGGAGUGGGCAAUCUCUUUGGCAUGUCACUAUCAACUAUCCACAAUUCCUUUAACAAUGUAUUGGAUUUUAUAAUAACAGAUUUAGCACCCGAAGUUAUAAAGUUUUCCCAAACAAUAGAAGAAAAGGAAAUUGUGUCGAAAGAAUUCGAAAAGAUUGCAGGUUUUCCAAAUAUAUUGGAGUGUAUAGACGGAAGUUAUAUUUCUAUUAGAACUCCAAAAUAUAAAAUUCGUUCGACAUAUGCCAAUAGGCACGAUGGAGUAUCAAUAACAUUUCAGGGUAUUUGUGAUGCAAAGCUACGAUUCCUGGAUGUAUUUACUGGUAUUCCUAGCAAAAUCCACGAUUCGCGAAUACUAAAGCUAUCAUUUAUAGGAAAGGAUUUACAGAGUCUGUGCUCCCCUAAAUACCAUUUGCUGGGAGAUUCGGCUUAUCCCAUAAGAGAAUUUUUAAUGACUCCCUUUCGAGAUUAUGGGAAUUUAAGUGAAUCCGAAAAAAAGUACAAUUUGAAGUUUUGUCGAACACGCGUAAAAAUAGAAAACGCAUUUGGUGUUUUAAAGGGUCGUUUCGCCAGUUAA